AUGGCAUUUGAUCUGGCGGCAAUCGCUCCUCAGCAAAUUCCAUACGCUAAUGAAAUGACCAAAUUCAUCCCUGAGUUGCUAUACCCUACCAUAAAACCCUUUUCACGCUUUGGUCCCUCUCCACCAUCUCUUCUUGACUUCUUGAAGAAAGUUUUAAGAGAAUACACCGAUGGACAAAUAAUGAAGGAAAUAGUACAGAAUGCCGAGGACGCGGGAGCCAAGACAGUUCGCUUUCUUUAUGACUGUCGCGAACAUGGAACGAGUCGUCUUCAUUGGCCUUCUCUCGCCCCAUUCCAAGGCAGGGCUUUGUAUGCUUACAACGACGCCUUGUUCAAGGACAGAGACUGGGAGGGAAUCCAGAGGCCAGCCAGAAGCAACAAGGAAGAUAACCCACUCAAAGUUGGACGAUUCGGCAUCGGAUUCAGCUCAGUCUACCAUCUUACAGAUCUUCCAAGCAUCCUAAGCGGUGACACACUUGCCUUCAUAGAUCCUCAUGAGCGUCACUUUGGAAAGGGUGAAACAGGAACAAAACUGAGUGUGACCGAACAUGCAGACACUUUCAAUUCGCCAGACUUCGUUGAUCAAUUUACACCAUACAACACCAUAUUCCCAGAAAGCACUUACACCAUGAAUUGUGGGGAACCAUACGACGGAACUUUGUUCCGAUUCCCAAUACGGCAAGAAGGAAGCACUCUCUGUGACAAUGAGUAUGAUGACGCUGCCAUGGAACGCCUCCUUGAAUCCUUCAUUGAUGAUGCUGAUGUUGUACUUUUAUUUCUUCGAUCACUGGAGACAAUCGACAUCAGCAGAAGGCUUAAUCGAGGUCAAACCCAAAUCCGAUCAAGAGCAGAGAUAUGCCCCAUAUCUCUUGAGGAUAUGAAAUCAAAGCGAAUAGGGUUCUCCAGAGCAUUAGAAGCGAACGGCAAGAUGGAAAUUAGACAGAGAGCGAGAGCUUCUUUAACCCAUCAGCUCACGUUGACAGUGGAGGUUGCAGAGUCGAAACGUCGAAUGGAUUGGAUCGUGUGUCAGGUUGUUGGAGGAAAAGAGAUGCCAGACAAUUUAAUGAGUAUCGCUGACAAAAACGGAUACCUACCUUGGGUCGGUGUUGCUAUGCCUUACAACUUAUCCCGGAAAAAACGAGAUGGUUUCCGUGGACGAGUGUUCUGUUUCCUCCCUUUACCUCCUGGUGAUGAGAGUUUGACUGGACUUCCGGUUCACAUUCACGGGUUCUUCGGGGUUAACAGUGAUAGAAGAUCAAUCAAGUGGCCUGGUGCUGAUCGGAUUCAAGGAGAUGUUGAUGCGCGAUGGAACUUCCUACUGGUGACGAAACUGAUGCCAGAUGCAUACAUGGAUAUGCUGAUGUUUGCAAUUAGAGAGCAGAAGUUGUCCCCUGAUGAAAUCUACAGAUCUUGGCCCGACCCCGAUAAGGUCAGACCACAGUGGAAACGGCUUCUCAAACCAAUAUUCCAAUUGCUAAUCAAGUUCCCUGUUAUCUAUACAACCGUUGAUAACGAAACAGGUCUAUGGGUUAAGAUUGAGGAUGCUGUCUUCAACUUUAUGACAGGUGAGGACAAAAAUACCGAACGAAUCUUGUUGAAUGUCCUCAAGGCUGCCAAGAUCCCUGUUGCUGAGGUACCAGAACACAUCAAGAAAGUCAUCAAAAGUAAAGAAUACGCCAACUUCAAUGCCAAAGUGAUUUCACCCGAGAUUAUCAUCGAUUGUAUUCAUAAGAGCCAGCAUGGAGUCUUGGAGACCCUGAGUAGUGAUGACAAAAUGUCGCUAUUGGAGUACAUCAUGAUGAAGACUAAGACCCCUCGACUUAUUGGUCUAAGGCUCCUUCCGUUGGCAAACGGUGAUUUCGCCCAAUUUUCAACUAGAUCAGCAUCAACUCCCUCUGUCUUCAUACCCACGAGAGAACUUGACAAGAGCCUUUGCUACAACAUGGGUAACAGGCUUAUCCUGCCUAACAUCAACGAGAACUUGCAUAAACUCCUACAAAAAGCUGCCGGGCAUGGAUCCGUCCAAUUGCAAAUGAUGUCAGAUAAAAACCUAGCUCGACUGAUUCGGGACACCCUGCCAAAAGAAUGGUUCUCGUCAAACCGAAGUAGCACUAUACUCUGGCAUCCUGGCAAAGGAAACCAACCUCCACGAGAAUGGCUGCAUGGGAUCUGGAAUUUUCUGAAUACAAUUCAACGUAAGUCAAUUGGUAUAUAUGAAGGACUUCCAUUGAUACAGGUUGAAGAGAAGCAGUCAGGCGAAGUUGUCCUUGCUUUCCUUAAACGGAACGCAACUAAUAUCUGCCAGAACUAUGGUUCAGAUAAACUUGAUCGGAAUGAGAAUUUGGUUCUUACCAAAAUUGGCCUUGUCGUCUGUUCUUGUCCUUCAUUCAUAGAUACUGCUCGACUUAUAGGGGAGGGUUACCUCAGAAGUCCAACAAGAAAGGGUGUAAUUGGUGCGUUGACAGCCGUACAAAAUGGGAAAUCACUACAAAAGACUGUCGAGAAUCUUCCAAAGGAAGAAAGACGGUUACUAGUAAGGUUGUGCACCAACUGUUCUCUCACUGAUGCAGAGAGAAAUUUUCUUGCUCACAUACCCUUCUUCGACACAAUACCAAGAAGCCCAUCGAUCAGAAGUAAAGUUAUGUCUGCAGGUGAUGAACGUGUUUUCUUUUGCAGAAUGUCUUCAGAUCAACUGCCGAACUUUCAUCUUCCAGAUUAUGACUUGAUUUGUUGCCUUGACAAUGCAAUCCUGAAUUUCAUUUCCAAUCUAGGAAUGAAAGAAAAAGAAAGGAAGGAUUGGUUGAAAGACAUUGUAAAUUCUAUUUGCAAUGGUAGUCAAGACAGGGCAGCUCUCCAGGAAGUAGGGCUAUGGAUAUUGCAUGAUUUGAAAGCUAUCAAAAGAGAUAUUGGCAGUCACCUGUUGAAGCUGAAGUCGUGUGACUUUAUUCUUACCCGUGCAAAUGGGCUCAAAUCACCCGAAUGUUUAUUUGAUCCAGAAGACCGGCAUGUAUCUGCACUAUUUGGCAAUGUAUUCUUUCCAUCUGGAAGGUAUGUGAACGAAGGCCUCUUGGGAUCAUUACGGGAGCUUGGUCUUCGUCAUAAAAGUAGUGUCACAGCAACUGAAUUAGGCAAGUUGGCUGAAGAAAUAACUAAGGAGAGCAAUGCUAAUAAGGCAGGCAUCUUGAUGUCUCUCUUGGGAGAAUAUCCUGACAAGCUUAAAGAACCCAUUGCCAGUGAGAGUGGCCUGACACUGCAGCAGUUCUUGGCUGACAAAAAAUGCAUCCCAUGUCUUCAAGAGAGCCCAGACUUCUAUCCUCAAGACAUUCCAUGGCACAAGUCUAAGGGAGAGAAAAUGAUCAGUCCGGGCGAAACAGUUAUGUCUACCAAAGUUAACAUUCUCGCCUCUGGUGCAACCACACCAUUUUCGAAAGAAGGAAUUCCAAAAACCCUACUACGUAGUCUAGGAGUGAAACAGCAUGCUAACAUCACAUCAAUCAUUCAACAAAUAGCCGCUGUUUCAAAGUCUCUUGGAGGAGUCGAAGCUUCUGAUAAAUCAACGAAACUGGAUAAAAUGGUUCAUGCUAUUUACACCUUGCUGUCAGGUACGGAUAGGAAUGAGCAAGUGAUACCCCGACUGACAUCAUCCUUACCUGCAUGCAUUUGGACUGGCACACACUUUGUGGAUAUUCAUCGGGCAGUAUUAUCGAGCGAUGUGGACGAUUUCCAUCCCUACAUUUAUUCAAUACCAAAAGAGUUCAGGGAAAAAUAUCAAACUUUGUUCCUAACACUGGGGGUCCAGAGGAGCAUAUCCCUUCAGCAGAUUCAUGACACCAUCAUGCAGAUACACAAGCUCGAGCCUAAACUUGGUUCUGUGACAGAACGGAUGAAUUUCUGCAUAGAAAACAAGCGUGUUGUGCUAAAGGCGCUCAGACUCCUCCAUAAAAUCUGCGAAGGUAACCGUUGUAGAUAUCCACCAAAUACCUUGGUACCAACGAGUAACGAAAACUCUUUAGAAUUAGUUAAGCCUGGCGAUUGUGUUUAUGAAGAUGGCAGCAGUCGCGGAGAUUCUGACGAAGUUCAGGAUAAGCUGAAGGAAGAUAAAACUUUCAUCGUCGAUGGGUCAUUGCCUAUAGCCAUAAUUCGAUCUUUGGGGAUUCCACCCCUUAGUCGAAAGAUUCUUGCACCUGAGGAUUUGAUAGGUAUAGAACAAGCAGGCCAGUAUGAACCACUCACCACAAGACUGAAGAAUAUAAUUAAGGAUGGCUAUCUGGAGAGUUCAAUACCAAAAGAAAUGAUUCAAAAUGCUGAAGACGCAGGGGCAUCUAAGGUACAUUUCAUGUUAGACCUUCGGGAAAAUUCUGAAGUACGUUCAAGUUUGUUUGACAAAGGUAUGACUGAUUGUCAAGGGCCAGCACUGUGGGUAUUCAAUGAUGCAUGUUUCUCACCCGACGACUUUCAGAACAUCACUAAGCUUGGUGGUGCGACUAAGGAACUUGACACAUCCAAGAUCGGGCGCUUUGGGCUUGGUUUCAACUCCGUUUAUCAUUUAACAGAUGUUCCCAGCUUCCUGAGUAGAGAAUACUUGCAGAUUUUCGAUCCACAUACAGUACAUCUUGGUUCCAUGCUACGAAGCAAAGAAAGCCCGGGGAUCAGGAUAAAGCUACAAGGAAACAACGCAAUAUCUAUGUAUAGAGACCAGUUUGCACCAUAUGAAGGUGUUUUCAAUUGUUGUCUGCAAGUGAGUGGUGGUAAUGUAUAUUAUGAUGGUACACUUUUCCGGUUGCCUCUUCGAUCAAGACAUGCAGCACUGAAUAGUGAGAUCUCUGAUCAACAUUACGAUGAACAUAAAUGUAAAUCACUACUCGUGGAUCUUUGGCGUUCUUCAGAAGAUUUAUUGGUGUUUACUAAUAGCGUCCGUGAAGUCAAAACAUUUGUGCUUCUUUCCAAUGCAAAGCAGCCAUCUGAAUCAAGUCCACUCUUCGAAAUUGCGAAAGAACAUGUUGCUGGUCGAAAUAUAAUAGCAGAAUUCAUGCAGAGUAAAGGGGAUGCAAGAAAACAGAAACAGAUCAAACCUUUGAUCAAAGAAGAGUGUGUUGUGCGAAGCUUAACUCCGUUUGGAAAGCAAUAUCUCAAGAUUCACGAAGAACCAAGAAAGCGUGAGCUGAUGUCAGUCACAAGCGUCGGAACAACAUCAGCACACAAGAUGUGGCAAACAUCACAAGGGCAGAAAACAGGACUGGCACCUGUAGGUGGUGUGGCAGUGAAGUUACCUCUCUCUGAUGAGCAAGACAGUAAACUCUACAAUGGCUUGCCACUCGCAGUUCUACAUAGCCACCUUCCUUGCCAUUGUAAUGGAUUCUUUGCCAUUUCAGCAGACCGUCGGAAUUUAUGGAAGCCCGCAGCCGACUCAGAUUCCAACUACUUUAUGAAAUGGAAUGAAGCUGUCUUUGAAGAUGUCAUAUUAACAGCCUACAUGAUUCUGUUGACUAAUGAUAGGUUUCGCUGUCACGUCACAAAAAUGCCGUCAAAUCUACGCAUUUCAGGAGUGAAUAGUUCACCAACUAACUUCUACACGCUGUGGCCGAAGGACAGAAAUAUUUCCAAGGGCAGUGAUUGCUAUGCUAUGGUUAAGGGGUUCUACAAAAGAUUGGUUGUCUCUGAUUCACCUGGCCCAAAUAUAUUUUGGGAAGGAGAAAAGACGUGGGCAUUCAAGGAGGCUAUGUUUGUUGAUACAGUACUUUAUGAAAUCCCGCACAUUGCUGUAGCAGUAAAGACGGUUUUUCAAAUGCAACACACGAAGCGAAGUGUUACAGAGAUGCCAUCGGAGAUACGCCUAAACCUAGAAAGGAUGGGAUUCGGGGAACAGCUGAGGAAACAAACCUGUACCGAGCGCGAUUUCUUCCUGAAGCACUUUCUUCCCAAGCUUUCCAUAUUUCCAUCCGAGGUUCGAGAACCCCUUAUCCACUACUGUUUGCAGAACACUGACUUGCGAAAGACUCUGAAAACAAUCCCAUGCAUCCCUACUUCUCCAGACGGUAAGAUCUUAAAGAAGCCUGAAGAAUUGAUACAUCCUCAUGGAAAGGCAGGCAACCUUUUUACGAGCGACGACGGACGGUUUCCCCAUGGUUCCUUUGCAAAUUGGGAUUGUUUGCAUAUUCUGGUGCAUUUAGGAAUGGUACAAGAUGAUAUAUCUGGCAUGGACUUCAUCAAAUGUGCACGGAAAUUAUCGGGGGAACCUAUUCCCCAUGAGUAUGAUCGCAUACUAGUUGACUACCUUACCUACAGAUUGAAGUCACGGGAGUGUUCAUGGGCAAAGGACCAAUCACUUCAGAACCAAAUGAGUAAGGUUGCUUUCCUUCCUGUCACCUACAUGAAUUCCUCGAUGAGAAAAGCAUCAUGCGAUACCAUAUUUGUGCCCGAAAGACUGGCAUUGGUCAGCGACGUAUACCCGGUUCUAGACGAAAGCAACAUCUGGUUUCCAUUUCAGGUUAAGAGAUUUCUUGGUAUUGUUCAUGAUCCAAAAGUGGGUGUCGUACUCCAACAACUCAACUCCAUCAUCUGUAGACCUGAAAUUUGUGGAAACCUUCCACGUGUUUGUCAAGAAAUCUAUGAAUACCUCGAUGCACGACUAAAAAGGGAAGAAAACAUACCCGAGAUUCGACAAUUCUUUCAAACAAAAGAGUGUCUGUUGGUUCACAAAACGUUCAGGAGUUGCGAUCAACUGGCACUUGACUUUGAGGAAGAGUCGGUUGGAUCUUACCUCUUUCGGUUACCCAGGAAUUUGCUUAGCUUCAAAACCCUUCUAACAAACGCUGGCAUAAGAAUCCGAUUUUCAACAAAUGACUUUGUGUCUACUCUAAAGCAUAUCAAUGACACAACUUCUGGAAAGCUAGAUCAUAAUGCAUUCGAAGAAGUUAUGAAACUAAUAAAAUGCUUGGUAAAUGCUGCAUCGACUUACCCCAAGGAAAUGCAAGAGGUUUCUCCGAAUGAUAUUUAUGUUCCAGAUACCAACGGCUACCUCCGAACUGCUGAUGAACUCUCUUUCUGUGACGUAGACUGGAUUUCAGUGCCAGAUGGUGUGAUCAAAGCUCACGGUGAUAUCCCCCUACCUUGGGCGAGGAAACUUGGAGUGAGAGAUAUUCGACAACACAUCCUUGAAAGCUAUUCUGUGCCUGUGCCUGGUCUUAACAAAAUUCGAUCAGAGAAUCUAUUGCAAUUUGGGCAACGAGAACCCCUGACAGAGAGAAUAAAGAACAUCCUCAAAGGAUACCCCUGCGAUGAUACAAUACUCAAAGAACUUGUGCAGAAUGCAGAUGAUUCAUGUGCUACUGAAGUGCACUUAGUUCUUGAUCUCCGUACCCAUCCUAAAGACCGACUCUUUAAAGAUGAAAUGUCUCAUCUGCAAGGUCCUGCCCUCUGUGUAUACAACAAUAAGGCAUUUACUGAUGCUGACAUCGAGGGGAUUCAGCGACUAGGAGUUGGUAGCAAAAGAGAAUUAUCCUCAAAAGUUGGAAGAUUUGGUGUAGGUUUCAAUGCGGUCUAUCAUCUAACAGACUGUCCAAGCUUUUACACAAACGGCGAUACGCUGGGAAUGUUUGAUCCAAAUGUCACAUAUGUACCUAAUGCUACCCAAGAGUAUCCAGGCUUCAUGGUAAACCCAACUAGUGAACUGACCGACGACUUUCCAAACGUUUUCAACUGUUAUCUACCUGAAUUCUUUGACGUAAAGGAUUCAACCAUGUUUCGAUUGCCACUGAGAACGGAAUGCAUGGCAGGUGUAUCGAAAAUCUCUUCUAAGGUCCAUGAACCCGAUAGUAUAAAGCCACUGAUCCAGAAAUUCAAGGAAGGUUUACCAGAAUUGCUACUUUUCCUGAGCCAUGUUAAAAAGGUCAGCAUAUCCACUAUUGAUGAAAGCGGAAAUAUGAUUGGAACGUCUAGUGUUCAUGUAAGCAUAUCGGAAUCUGAACAACAUGAAUUAGAAACAUUUCUUACGACAAUAUCCUCUGAAGAAAUUGAUCCAGUGACUGGAGCCGCAAAGUCUCUUAGAGACAUUCCAGUGACGAAAGUGCAUUAUGAUAUCAGAGUGACUGUAACAGAACAGCGAGCCAAAGACGUGAAAACCCAAACGGAGGACUGGUUAAUUUGUCAACAACAUGGCUUUGAAAAUACAAAUGACGUCCCAGAUACUCUGUUAGAGGCAUACAACAGCGGAUAUCUCCAUGUCUUGCCAUUGGGUGGAGUUGCUGUGCCAUUGGGCAACCAACAGGCUCCAGCGAAAGCAUAUAGCUUCCUCCCCCUUCCCAUAGAAACUGGUCUCCCAGUCCACGUCAAUGGAUCUAUUGAGUUAGAUGAACGUAGACGAGACAUUUGGAGAGCAUGCGACGACACCAGAGCACAGUGGAAUCGUCAGCUCAUGAAGAAAAUCGUGUCACCUGCAUAUGUCAAGGCGCUUUGCAGUCUUCAGGCUAAAAUCAUGGAUCGCAUUGAAGAAGUAAAGGAUACCUUAGAUAUGCAAUACAUCGUAUCGUCGUAUAACGCGAUUCUACCUACAGUAGCUGAAAAUAGGUUCUGGGAAGAAGUUAUUACACACGUUUAUAGGAUAAUUGCUGAUUGUGCCCAACCAAUGUUUCCCUCGAUAAUGCGAAGUUUAUCUGACAAAAGAGAAGGAGAAUGCAUCAUUGGAGUCAAUGAAGUUGAUACUUUAGAAUGGAGGAACCCUCUUUCAGAAUCUCAGAAACCAGGAUACUUUGAUUCUCCAAUCUCAAGAAAUCCGAUCUUUAGAUCGAUUGUAACAGAUCUUGGAUUUCCUCUAAUUGAAUGCCCUUGUGCAGUACAGGCAAUGUAUUCAGAUAGCUUGGAUGAGUACAGAAGAGGGGAUGUCCUUGAGGUCACGCCUGCUAGUUUGAUCAAUCAUCUCUCAAGUAAUGCAGUAGAAGACGUAGGGCUGAGUCCAAUACAAUUACCGAAACCAAUUUCCGACACAGUGAUACAAGACACAUGUACAUUGCAAGCCAUUCUGGAGUAUUGUUCACAAUAUGACGACUUCAAAGACAAUACUGAGGCCCUCCCUCUUCUAUUAACAUCAGAUGGAUUUCUAAGAACCUUCGCAAUGGAAAGACCUGUAUACAGUACCGAGUUUGACUACCUCUUUUCAUCCAGCAGUAGCAAUUUCCUGGAUAAGUCGAUAAGGAAUUACUUCAGUGAAGAUUUCGAUGUUAUCUCUCAUUUCGACAUAUCAAGUAUUGCUGAUUUCUUGAGGAAUGAGUUAUGUCCUACAAAAUUCAAUUGUAACCAAUAUAUUCAGUGGGAUAAAUCUGAACCGACACAAGAAUGGAUCAGCGGGCUAUGGGAAUGUAUCGCUGCAUGCACAAGUCCUGAUGACGCGUUGCAGUGCCUUUCGACAUGGAACAUUGUGCCUUGCCGCAAGGAGGAAGCUACAGGCGUCGUUUACCACCUAGUUCCACUGUCAAAAGCUACCUCUGUGGUGAAUAAGCUAAGUGGCAUGUCUAACAUGCUUGCUGCUUUAAGUUCUUUGGGAGUUUCUGAGGUUGAUCAUUUUAAUAACCAUCCAGAAGCAAAACAACUCAUAACCAAGUUGGUUGCCCACGAAGAUAAACCAGAUACGAUUGUUGCAGUGCUUGACCACGUCAUUCAGACAAAUCCGAGUCAGUUCGAUCAAUUGACAUCCGAUCAACGCGACCACAUCUUGCAGUACAUAACGACACACAUGCCAGAGAGAUUGAUGGAAAAUGGUGACAACAGAAAGAUCAUCAAAGGUCUACCAUGCUAUAAACAAUUAGACGGGGCUUACAUUUCACUAUCACAAUCACCAAUCGUAUAUGUGAUAAAGGGAAAUCUAUCCUGUGAAGAGAUGAUGAGUGGAUGGCGGAAUACAAUGCCACUUUCCUACGUGAAGACUACGGUUUGAAAGAACUAUUCAAGGCAGUAGGGUGUAUUUUUGUAUCUGAAUGUGAGGCCCUCUUCAAGUUCAUCUUCCCAAAAUUCGACCUGUUGUCGUCA